UUGGUGAGCUGGUUCGCGACCGCCUGGGUUUCACGGAAAUUCAGCAUCCCGAGAUUAACGUUCCUCCGAAUAUGACAGAGCUCGUCCAGGUAGGGGAGGGGCCGACGAGGAGGAAGCGACAAACGUCAUCCUGCGUCCCCGCUUGGGACCCGGAGUGCAUUCCGCUAGUGAAGGACCAGGGCGAUUGCGGCUGCUGUUACGCAUUUGCGAUGACGGGCGCCAUUGAAGCGAGCGUGUGUCUGGCACAGGGGGCGCUGCCAGCCCUCAGCGAACAGCUGAUCGUCGACUGUUGCGAAAGGUUUCACACCAGCGGAUGUCAAGGUGGAUCCGUCUACGACGCAUUUAGCUGCAUUUUCGCCAUGAAGUACAUGGCGUACGACUGGAACUACCAGUACACGGCAGAGCAGGGCGAGUGUAUAAAGACGUACGGCUACUAUGUUCCUCUCUAUCGGUCAGACCCUUUCUACUAUGACAAUACUCGCGGGGACGGUGAAACCGUUCUACAAGAUUUUGUUUGCUACGCACCGACCAUCAUCGGAUUGGCUCUGUCGACAGAAUCCUCAAACUUCUUUAUGUACGGAGGAGGCGUUUUGGAUGACGUCGGGGUUUGCGGCAGCACCAUGAACCACGUCGUCGUCAUCGUCGGCGUUGGAGAGGAGGCCGGAGUGCCUUACUGGCUCGCUAUAAAUAGCUGGGGAACAGAUUGGGGAGAAGAUGGCUUCGUUAAGCUGAAGAAAAACAGUAACUUGUGCGGUAUCGGAAACUACACUAUCCUGCCACCUAUCAAGCACUAAAGUCAUCAAGAUAACCAUAUAUUUAUCGCGAUAGGUUUGGCAAUACACUCAUGCAUGACAUUGAUUUAAAUUUAUAAUGUGGUAUAGCAGGGAGAUAUAUAUGCUUUGUGCAAAAAUGCCGGUAUAGGUUAACAUUAUAUUUCUACACAUAAACCGUUAUGAGUUUCAGUUUUAGAUUGUGAAAUCAAGUUUCAACGAAAAACACAUGUUAUGCAUAUUGUUAGCUUUCUGUGACAGUGCUACAGAGAUUGGAGAGUCUUAAGUACAAUAUGAAAUGGAAUUCGUUUAUUAAAUUAUGGGAAUAAACAUUGGCUGAAUGAUGCACUCAUAUUUCUAAUG